UUGCCGCUACAAUUUUUUGCGCGCGUUAAAUGGCAUCAGAAGCAAGUAGUCAAUUUGCACGAAUAUUGACAACUAUUUGCUACUUAAAUACGACAUUUUAUCAACAAUUUUACACUAUCUUGUCACCAUCAAGUCAAUCAUUAGCCUGUCGGUUUGUUAAGAAUUCAUUCUUAAGUUCGACUUGUAACUUGUCAACAACAAUACCUAAAUAUACAAAAAUGGCUCAACCUCCUACAUUUCCACGUAAUUUAAAGGACUUUGGGUACGUUUUUGAUGAAGGUGGGAAGCUUCGAAAGUUAGAUUCUAAAACUAAUUUGCCAACUAACGAAGGAUUUGACUUUAAUGUUAGUGAAGAUGCUCAGUAUAAUCAAAAACGCUAUGAAGCUUUAGGAGAGGUAAUCAAUCAAUAUGUAUACGAGUUGCUAGAAAAUGAAGGAUUAAAACGAAUACCUCUCCCGCGCAACAGCAAUGCACCUGAAGAAUUACGUUCUUUUAUAUUUGCAUGUGAUAAAGCAUUUACCAAUGAAAAAGUAUUAAUUCUUAUACAUGGUAGUGGAGUAGUUAGAGCAGGUCAGUGGGCUCGUCGUUUAAUAAUUAACGACAGUCUCAAUUCUGGUACGCAAAUUCCAUAUAUUAGAAAAGCUAAGGAAUUGGGUUAUGGAAUUAUUGUUUUAAAUACCAACGAUAACCGGAGGACAAUCGAUGGAGUUACUAAAGAAAUUCCAGGUAGUGAAAAUCCUCAUAGUCACAUGCAAACGACUUGGACAGAUUAUAUUCAACCAUCGAAAGCAAAAAACAUUGCUAUCGUAGCUCAUAGUUACGGAGGCGUUUGCACAGUUGAAUUUGCCGUUGAAAACUAUGAUGAAUUCAAAAAAAGAGUUUUCGCAGUAGGCUUCACAGAUUCCGUCCAUAAAAUGCCGGAAAAGGGUUGUGACUAUUUAGUUCAGGUUGCUAGAAAUUGGGUAUCUUCAGACAAACCUCUUGACAGUUCAGUAGACUGUGCAAGUGAUGAUGUUCCAUGCGUAUCUGCUGGACAUCCUGUUCAUGAAAUGACAUCUUCGUCAUGUAUUGACUCUUUAUUUAAGUUUUUGGAAGACCGUUAUCACAGCCGUAUUAAAAGUAGAGCAUAACUGCCGUUGUAUUAAGUGACUAUAAAAAUAUCAUCGGUCACAAGUCUAUGUUUUUCGUGGGAGCCAAAGACGAAAAAAAGCAACGAUAAUAUAGAUAGUAAGCAGUAGUGUUUUGAUGCAGUCAUAAAGGGAAAAACUAUUCCGUGGAGGCUGAGAUAACAAUCUGAGUAUUUCAUAAAUGACGCCAAAGGUCCACUAUGAUCGGCCAGCAUAUACACUUACUUCUAUCUAGAGCAGAUAAAUGAUCAUGAAAAAAUCCCACAAUAAUUCACGUCAGACAAUUCACUUUUUUAUCAUAGAGAUAGAAAAAUAUCAAUAGGCAUAAGUUAUUUAAAAAUAUACUGAUUAAAAUUUAAUCCUGUUUUAUAUU